AUGUUCAAUGUCUUGGAGUUUCUCCAGCAACCCAUCACCUUACGGAAAUGUGUUUACCAGCACUUGAACUCACAAUUGACCAAUUUGAAGCCGCCUGCAACUUAUGAACUAUUCACCAGUACGCUUACACCAACUAGAAGAAAAAGCUCUCGAUCUAGGGGUUUGAGAAAGAAACUUGAGCGAUUUGCCGAACUGUACAGCUAUGUGCCAGAUUUUGUCGACUCCUGGCUAGAAUACGUGACAUGUCUGCGCUACGAUUGCAUAGUGUUGGACUAUCUACGAGUAAACAGGGAAUUGGAGAGUACGCUUACACAAUUAUAUUGGAUCUUCAUAUCGGGGCAUCCGAAGCUGGGGUUCUUCAGCCCCGAGGGCUUACUGCAAUAUUGGUGCUCUCUGGAAGAAUAUCGAGAUUCGGUAGAUAGUGAUUUGAACCUCCUUUCAACGGUGGUGAACAUGGAGCAUAUCAAUGGAAAAGAACUGCAAGAGCUGGACGGGUAUCUGGAUCGUACGGGGCGAAAAGACUUGGUGCAUCAAGUAAGGUUUUACCAAGAUGAAGAAGCAUUGGAAAGCGCUGAGGUGUUGGACUUAAUCGCGAUGCUGGAAAGUCUGAAAAGUCUACAAGCCGUUACAGUCACGAGCCAAAGCUUAUUCGAAAGAGUAGUCAAUUUCCACGGAUUCAGGGAUCACCCAGGUCAUACCGUUGGAUUCGCCGUGAAGAAAAGAGUUAAGACGCUGGAACUCAGUCGUUGUGCGUCUCGGGACCUCAGGUUGUCCAUGGUUAAUCUGUCUCGCUGGGAGGCCGUAGAGAAAGUCACUUUCACCUUCCUUGAAGAGCUAGAUUUGAAUCAAGUAAUACUGCCGCCGCAUUGCGUGUGGCUACGACUGCAGAGUAUAAAGAGUUUAAAAUGGUGGAAUGCUCAAGAAAUACGCACUAAAUUGCCCAUCGGAAGCAAAAGUUUUGGUAAAUCUAUGGAUAGUUCCGAAUUAUACAUAUGCAAGGCUUUGUUGUGGGACAUUUUGCACCACAUACACCGGGUGCAACUGAUAGACGUGGGAAAGAUCGAACCUGCCCCAAUUUUGCCCCUAUCUCUAUUUAACAAUGGCCAAGUGCAAUGCUCUGGGACAAAUGAUGCCAGCCAAGUGAUUUUUCUAUAG